AUGACCAACGACAACAAGCCAGUUUUCAGCGUAGUUGAUCUUUCUUCGGCUCUCAAUGAUGAUGCCCAUGCUCAACUGAUUAACGCUCUCAAGGGUUUGAAUGGGCAGCCCUUGGAUGUUCUUGGAAGUCUAUCUCUAUCCCCCAUUGUCAGGAAACGUGUCGAGGUUCUCAGGGAGAUUCAGAGUGCACAUGAUGAACUGGAGGCAAAGUUUUUUGAGGAGAGAGCAGCUCUUGAAGCCAAAUACCAAACUUUGUAUCAACCAUUGUAUGCUAAGCGCUAUGAAAUUGUGAAUGGUGUUGCUGAAGUGGCACCGGUACCAAUUGAAACUGCUGUUGAUAUAGCUGAAGAGAAAGGGGUGCCAUCUUUCUGGCUCAUUGCUUUGCAAAACAAUGAUGUGGUAACUGGAGAGAUUACGGAGCAUGAUGAGGAAGCUUUGACAUUUCUGAAAGACAUCAAGUGGUCGAAGCUCCAAGAGCAAAAAGGAUUCAAGCUCGAGUUCUUUUUCGAUACUAAUCCAUAUUUUUCAAACUCAGUCUUGACUAAAACAUAUCACAUGGUGGACGAGGACGAGCCCAUACUGGAGAGGGCUAUUGGGACUGUAAUAAAUUGGUUACCUGGGAAGUGUUUGACCGAGCAGACUCUAACAAAGAAGUCAAAGAAGGGCUCGAAGAAUGCAAAACCAACUACAAAAACUGAAACCUGUGAUAGUUUCUUCAACUUUUUCAGUCCUCCAGAAGUCCCUGAAGAUGAUGUGGUCCUUGAUGAAGAAGUGGCUGAGGAUCUCCAAAAUGAGAUGGAGCUGGACUAUGACAUCGGGUCAACUAUCCGAGAGAAGAUCAUCCCCCAUGCUGUUUCAUGGUUUACUGGGGAGGCAGGAGACGACGAUGAUGAAACUGAUGAUGAUGACGAUGAGUAUGAUAUGGAUGAAGAUGACGACGAUGAAGAGGAAGAUGAUGAUGAAGAAUCUGAGGAUGGGGCUGAGACUGAAAAGAUGUUGUCAAUAACUAAGAAGGGCGGGAUAGCGCAGUCCGGUGAUGGUCAGCAGGGUGAAAGACCAGCAGAGUGCAAGCAGCAGUGA